AUGUCACGGCCCGAGAACGUCGCGCCUCCCGAAAUCUAUUAUGGCGACAUCGAAGCCACAAAAUAUACGAACAACACACGUAUACAACAAGUCCAAGCAGACAUGACCUACCGCGCUCUCGAGCUUUUAGCACUACCAGAAGGCCAACCAGCUUUCCUCCUCGACGUCGGCUGCGGCUCUGGCUUGAGCGGGGAGAUAUUGGACGAAGAAGGGUACAACUGGGUUGGUGUGGAUAUUGCGCCGAGUAUGCUGGAGGUUGCGCUUGAGCGCGAAGUCGAGGGCGAUCUGUUCCUGCACGAUAUUGGGCAAGGAUUCGGGUUUAGGCCUGGAAGCUUUGACGGCGCCAUCAGUAUAUCAGUGAUCCAAUGGCUCCUGAACGCCGAAACAUCCCAUCCAACAUCCUCCCCCACUCACCGCCUAACAAGAUUCUUCACAACCCUGCACGCCUCCCUCCGUAACCCCUCCCGCGCCGUCCUCCAAUUCUACCCAUCCUCAGACGACCAAGUCCAACUCGUAACCCAAUCCGCCCAACGCGCCGGUUUCGGCGGCGGUAUCGUCGUCGACUACCCCAACUCCCGCAAAGCGCGCAAGGUGUUCUUGGUGUUAUAUGUUGGAGAUGGUGGCGCUUCGAAUAGGGCGCUGCCGCAGGGAUUGGACGGGGAGGAACCGGUGGACGCGGAGACUGUGAAGAAUGAGAAGAAGAGGUUGAGGGAGGGACGGAGGUUGAAGGGGAAGAAGGGGAAGGAAGAUAAGGGUGGUAGGGAGUGGAUUUUGAGGAAGAAGGAACUAUACAGGAAACGGGGGAAGGAGGACGUGCCGAAGGACUCGAAGUAUACAGGACGCAGGCGAAAGGCUGUAUUCUGA